CUUGUAGCGCAAAGGCCAGGCUUCUGGGAGAGGAGACGUAGAGGAACAAAUCAUAUGAUUGUGCAUUAGCACUCACAUACUUUAUGACCGUAUAGCUUUUCCUAUAAAACUGUCAUUAAGAGCAUCUCUUCUCUUUCCCAGGACGCAGAGAGCGUUCAGAGGAGGAUGUCGUUCGGUUUCAGCUCUGGGCUCAGGCUUUGAUACAGGUCACCUGAUCAGUUUUACUAGAGCAGAUCCUGAUUCACCUUCAACACUAUUAGGAAAACACCUUGCUGAUGACAGUUAGAUUGGACACGGGUUGCCCCUGCUGUGGCAGGCGUCUCAUCUCACGAUUCUUCGUUUUCUCAACUGUUUGAGGAUUUGAUUAUAUGCUGUAAAUAUUCAGUUUUUGUCCUGAAACCUCAUUUGAACUCUCAUUCCUUGGCCAUCACCUGCCAGUACUGGGAUUGAGGCAGAAGAUCCCAAGAUGAGUGUCAAAAAGGAAGACGUGGAGAAGUUCCUGGAUGGAAAUCCAGAUUUUGCCAGGAGCUAUUUUGACAAAAAGCUCAAACCUGGUGCUGUGGCCUCGAUCAUGCGAAUACCAGAGUCGAAAGUGGAUAUGGACAGUUUUAAGGACAUAUGCUCAGUAGAGGAGGGAGCGCUAUUCUACGAUCUCAUUACAGACAUGCAGGAGAACGUCAAUAUGGAGAAGGUGAUUUUUAAGAUUCUGAAGCGGAUCAGCGCUCUGAUCCAUGCCGACCGAUGUAGCCUGUUCAUGUAUCGACAGAGAAACGGCAUCGCUGAGCUGGCUACACAUCUCUUCAACGUUAAUGAAAAUUCUGAGCUCGAUGACUGCGUGGUGCCUCCAGACUCUGAGAUCGUCUUCCCUCUGGACAUCGGUAUAGUAGGAUAUGUGGCUCAAACCAAGAAACCCAUCAAUGUGAAGGAUGUUACACAGGACAGUCACUUCAGCUCAUUCGUUGAUGAACUAACUGAAUACACCACACGCAACAUCUUGGCCACACCCAUCAUGAAUGGAAAAGACGUCGUAGGCAUCAUCAUGGCAGUCAACAAGACUACUGGACCCCAUUUCACAGAUGAAGAUGAGGAUCUUUUUUUAAAGUAUCUGAAAGUUGGCUCUCUGAACCUGAAGAUUUUUCAUCUGAGCUACCUUCAUAACUGUGAGACACGAAAAGGACAGCUGCUGUUUUGGUCAGCUAACAAGGUGUUUGAAGAGCUCACAGACAUUGAGCGACAGUUUCACAAAGCUUUGUACACAGUACGAGCCUAUCUCAACUGUGACAGGUACUCUGUGGGCCUACUGGACAUGACCAAGGAAAAGGAGUUCUUUGAUAUUUGGCCUGUGUUGAUGGGAGAGCAGCCACCUUAUUCUGGCCCUGUAACUCCUGAUGGAAGGGAAAUUAUUUUCUACAAAGUUAUUGAUUACAUUUUGCAUGGAAAAGAGGACAUCAAGGUCAUACCAUCUCCACCUGCAGAUCAUUGGGCUUUGGUUAGUGAAUUACCUACAUAUGUAGCAGAGAGUGGAUUUAUUUGCAACAUCAUGAAUGCAGCAGCAGAUGAAAUGUUCAAAUUUCAGACGGAAGCUCUGGAUGACAGUGGAUGGACCAUCAAGAACGUGCUGUCCCUGCCAGUUGUCAACAAAAAAGAAGAAAUUGUUGGUGUUGCAACUUUCUACAACAGGAAGGAUGGCAAACCAUUUGAUGACCAUGAUGAACAACUCAUGGAGGCUUUGACACAGUUUCUGGGCUGGUCAGUCCUCAAUACAGACACCUAUGACAAAAUGAACAAGCUGGAGAACAGGAAGGACAUUGCCCAGGACAUGGUGCUGUACCAUGUCAAAUGUCGAGAUGAUGAGAUUCAAAACAUCCUUAAAACAAGAGAAUAUUUUGACAGAGAACCAAGAGACUGUGAGGAGGAAGAGCUUUUGGAGAUUCUGAAAAAAGAGCUGCCUGGCCUGAAUAAGUUUGAGAUCUACGCAUUCCAUUUUUCAGACUUUGACUGCACUGAAUUGGAUCUUGUAACGUGUGGGAUCCAGAUGUACUAUGAAGUUGGAGUGGUUAAAAAGUUCCAGGUCCCUCAGGAGGUUUUGGUGAGAUUCAUGUACUCAGUCAGCAAAGGCUACAGAAGAAUCACCUACCACAACUGGCGCCAUGGCUUCAAUGUUGGGCAAACCAUGUUCACUUUACUCACGACAGGCAAACUAAAGCGGUAUUACACCGAUUUGGAGGUUAUGGCCAUGAUCACUGCUGGCUUCCUGCAUGAUAUCGACCACAGAGGCACAAAUAAUCUCUACCAAGUGAAGUCCCAAAAUCCUCUAGCCAAGCUGCAUGGAUCCUCCAUUCUAGAGAGGCAUCACUUGGAUUUUGGCAAAUUCUUGUUAGCCGACGAGUCAUUAAACAUCUUCCAAAACCUCAACAGAAGACAAAUGGAGCAUGUCUUACACCUCAUUGAUAUAGCCAUUAUUGCAACUGAUCUUGCCUUGUACUUCAAAAAGAGAACGAUGUUCCAGAAAAUUGUCGAUCUCUCUGAGACAUAUGAAGAACAGAAGAAAUGGGUGGACUUCAUGUCUCUUGAAACAACAAGGAAAGAAAUUGUAAUGGCCAUGAUGAUGACAGCGUGUGACCUCUCAGCUAUCGCAAAACCAUGGGAGGUGCAGAGCAAGGUCGCCCUCUCUGUGGCCGCUGAAUUCUGGGAGCAGGGUGAUCUUGAGAGGACUGUUCUCGAGCAACAACCUAUCCCCAUGAUGGAUAGGAACAAAGCCGCAGAGCUGCCAAAGCUUCAGUGUGGUUUUAUCGACUUUGUCUGUACUUUUGUCUACAAGGAAUUCUCUCGUUUUCACCCCGAGAUCCAGCCAAUGUUUGACGGCAUUCUGAACAACCGAAUGCAUUGGAAAGAGAGGCAGGAAGAAUAUGAGGCAAAACUAAAGGCAAUGGAGGAGGCAGCUAAGGCCAGACAGGAAGCAGCUGGCAAAAAUGCUGCAAAUUCCAACAGCACCAGUGGAUCAGGAUCAGGAUCCAAGACCUGCUCCAUCUGCUAGAGGAAAGACAACAGUACAGAGGCAGAGGGCAAGGCAGCUCGAGAUGCAACCUAGCCUCUAAACAGUACGUCACAUGGGGUAGAUCAACCUCACACUUAGGAUCCCCAAGGAUCUGAUCAAGAGUGAGUGGGAAAACGCUAUCAAUGCAUUAUAUGCUAUCACCAAGCCACAAGACCAUCUGCUAACCAAAACACACGUUGAAUCUUGCCUACAGUUAGUAUUACUGUUCCAUUGUGUUUCCUUUGGGUCACAGUGUUUAAGCAGUUUCAUUGGAUGGUAAUCGGUUUCAAUUAAUCACAAUGCAGACUUAAAUGUACUACAGGAAAAUUUAGUUUUUUUUAUCACUUUUUUUCCAUUCAAUCAUCCAGAUCCAAGAUAUUAGCAUCAUCUAUACUUGUACUGGAUAGGUUUUAAUUUAUUUACUCAGGUGAUCAGUUUCUAUUUAAUAUCAAGCAGGUCCAUGACAAGUUCAAUCAAGGAAUCAAUAAAAUAUGUACAGAAAUUUGUUGUAAUUGCAAGAUACAUUUUUCUCUUUUUGUAACUAAUAAUGUUCAAUUUGUCGUCACCUUUCACUGAAUACCAAAAAACAAAGGCCAUUAUAAGAGUGAUGUAUUUUUUUAUGCCAUUUAUUCCCUCAAAAAAUAAUCACAUUGUACAGCUGGAAGCUACUAUUCAGGGGUGCGUUUCCCAAAAGCAACUAUGGUCGCAUGUUCCGUCGUUACCAAUCGAGUUGGAAUUAACGGAAUUAACGACCAUAGUUAGCCAACGAUGCUUUUGGGAAACGCACCCCAGGUCACUAAAUGUGAGAAGGUAGGUGACAGACUUUAGUGCACAACAAAAUAUAGCUUCUGGUAAGCUAGAUGGCAGAGUAUCGUGGUUAGAAGGUAGAAAGUUUGAGUGUAAAGUUAUAGUUGUUUUUUAUAGUUUGACACUUUUUCCUUCACUUAAGCUGACAGGUAAUGCGCAAUUGUCCUUCAGACUUAUUUACAUCAAGUGCUGUCAUGGCUGUGUUUUACUGAGCAAUGUCCCAUUACUCAGU